CACGUUUGCGCGCAAAUAAGAGCGUGACGUCGCGUUAACGCGCGGGCGCACGGAGUGUCGGCCGCUGUCGUCGUGCGCUUGUACGCGCGUGGCGCUGUCGCUAUCGCCGUCGCCGCGACAUACGCCACUCGCGCGCAGUACGAUAUACGUGUGCACGCGCGCUGUACACGGUUCACCACAGCACAGAUACGCGCACGCUGCAGCCGCCGCGAGAUAUCCGGUAGCGAUGGGCUCGCUGCCCAACCUGCACGAGCUGUGCAAACAGCAACAGCAACAGCAGCAACCGGUGUGCGCGCCCGCGGUACCGAGGUUGUCGCCUUGUCCAGACCGCGGCGGUGGCGGCACCAGCCGCGCUCAGCACAGGCGGCUCCAGCAGACCAACAGCCUGUGCACCAACAACUUUUACGGCGUCAUCGGCGGUGACACGCAGAUCGACGAGAAACCGUUUUCACCGACGUCGCUCAGGUCGACGCUGUCCACUACACAACGUCAGGUGAACGCCGUCAACGCAUCUUCGACGAGCGGCAAGAGACGCGACUCGCUGUCCAGCUCGGCUGGUGCCUCGUCGGUGCGCCGUCUUAUCGAAGUGGUCCGAACAACCCCGUCCAACAUGGGACCAGUGUACAGUCGGAGGCUGUUGUGCCGGAACUACGUCACGCUGUGCCUUGGACACGGCGCGGCCGCCGCCGCUUUGGUUCCGUUUAUGGCACUGCAGGGUUCCAUAUCCGCUUGGUGGUGGCCGGACAAUUUGAAACAGAAUGGUGGGUUUACCACCGUUACCACGGACAUUGGCUCUGUCCUUCUGUCCGCAAUGUUUGGCAUGGCAGCGAUGAGCGCGCUAUUUGGGCCGACGGCUGUCCACCGACUGGGCACCAGGACAUGUCUGGUGGCCGGUUACCUGGUGUCCGUCGCGUUCGUCACCGUACACCUGUAUCCAAAGGUGACGGUACUGGCGCCCGGUUACUUCCUGAUGGGUGCCUGGUUAGGAUGCUGGACGGCGUCCCGGACCGCAGUCCUCAUGGCGCUCGCAUCUAAAAUGGCGUACGUACUGUCCGACCGAGAAGAGUUCGAACUCGAGGGCAACGGUCGGCGAGAGGCGGUGGCCAGAAAUUUGGCCAGAGGACUCCAGGUGGCGCACGAUGUGGGAUUGAUUGCUGGAAAUGCGUUCGUCGCAUAUAUGAUAAGUGGCACGCGGGCGGACGACAUCCUUGGGACGAUGUUCGCCAGAGACGAUGGACCUGGAACAGAUCGGACUUGUGGUAGUGUCGCCUGUCCGCUAGUAAAUACAAUGGAAAUCAAACUCGUGACCGCCGCAAAUUUUUCGUCCAACCAGACGAUCGCAUUGGUUGACGUCCGCAAUCACAUGGUUUUGCCAUGCAAAACCACGCAGCUGUUGGCCAGUGUGUUCGCUGGAUGUUGUUUUGUCGGCGUGGCUGUCACCGCGACUUUCAUGACCCGCAUUAGACUAUUCGUGUACGCGUCCGCGUCCGAGAAACGAAAAUCGGAUAGCGCUCGGUCGUUUACGGCCGUCCGCGAUGCAUUCCGCAACACCAAACUUCAGCUCAUAGCCCCGCUGUCGUUGUUCAUUGGACUCGAACAAGGAUUUAUCUAUUCCGAUUUCUCCAAGUUUUACGUCGUGUGUUCCGUGGGUGUGUCCAAUGUGCCCACAGUUCUGCUGAGCUUGGGACUGCUUCAACUGGUAGCUGGUUUUACCGUGAGCCUGAUCCUGCAACACAUCCGCCGGUACCAUAUAAUAGUGAUUGGGUUCGCGUUUCAUUCGUGUUUGCUAAUGGUGUUGAUGAAGUGGAAACCGUCCGGCGACGAUGCUGCGCUACUGUACGUCAUAGCAGCCGCCUGGGGCGUGUGCAAUGCCAUUUGGAACACACUGUGUUUUAAUUUCGUGAUAUCCCUGUAUCCGGACUACUGGCACGGGCCGAUGGCGCACGGCUACUUCUUCCGGUACGCGGGCAUGGCGCUUGCGUUCGGCAUGCACGGCGCCGUGUGCAAUACCACCAAACUGUACUGCCUGUCGGUCGCACUGGUGGUGGCCGUGGUGCUGUACGGCUGGCUAGAGUGGCGGCUGCAGCUGACCGGCAAACGUCGGCGGACCGCCAACCGUUCGUCAUGACGACAGAUCGGAGUCGCGUCCGGCAAGUAGCCCGCUGCCGAAAGCGACUCGUGUCCGCGAUCCAAAUGACCAAUGAUCGUGCGCCCCCCCGCCGCUAAUCCGAAGACGCCCAUCGCGUCCCUGCACCUGCAGCCUCCAUCGCUGCAGUCACAAUCACCGCCGCCGCCGCCUUUGUCGUCAACCGUCAUCGUCUGCGGCGCAACCCAGUGCCGGAUUUAGCGGGGGUUGCAGGGACGCACCGUAAGGCCUCGAGGCUGAGGUCGGUGUCUUAGAUUUUCUGACUUUCGAAAGUUCACAAUUAAAUUCAAAAUAUCGAAUAAUGUUCGAGAAAAAAGUAUUUCGACAAAUCACCCAAACCCGCAUUUAUGUUAAGCUAUUACAUGUGGACCCUAAUCGUGACUCGAUUUAAAGAAACACUCGACGAGCCACGAGAUUCUUACCUACCUAUGCGAGUCCUGUGAUUUGAAAUGUUAUCAUUUUUAAAUCCAUCUUUUUUUUUCCAAAUGCCUAAAAAAUAAAAUAUGAUUGACGCAUCAAAUGACUGUGAUUUUUUUUCCCAAUAAUUUUAGUAUUGUUGCACCCCGGCCUUCCGAGACACUAUCCGGCACUGACUACCGCACCGCAAAUAUUAUAUUUUAUUAUUUGCGCACCACGUGUUGCAGAGCACAGUGACGUCUCGCCGAAUUAAAAUAUUCACAAUAUUAUAUAAUAUCUACCCAUAAUAUAUUAUUAUUAGCUGCAAUAGAUCUGUACAAAGCAAAUGAACAACUUAUUGUCCACGCUGACCAUUACAAUAUGUAUUAUUAUUACCUACGUUAUAUAUUUUUAUAUAAACGUAUUUGUUGUUGAUUUUUUUUUAACGGAGACCUAUAUAUAUGUAUAUGUAUAAAAUAUUCGUCUCGAUAUCGUAAUAAUGUUGCGUAUAAAUUAUAUACAGGGUGGUUUUUUUUUUUUAUUUGUUUAAACGUGCCACUCGUAAUUUAUGUAUAUUAUAGAAAAAAUCUACUUGAUUUGCAUUUAUUUACUGACUACCGGUUAACGUCAACAAACGUAAAAUUCGGUAAGAAGACAGAAGAAUCGUUAAACUAAAAUAUAGUAUUAUAAACGAUUAACAAUGUUAUACAAUCCAAACAACCAUUUAUAAAAUAUUAAGUAUUCUGAAAUGACGAGUGGUUGUUUAAAAUAAAUCACACUGUAUAAUACAUACCUAUCAUAAAAUGUAUAUACAACGCAAUGUUUCACAUGAAUGUAAUUACGUUCAUUCUUAAAUACUCGAUCAGCUGAUGAUAAACGUUUUUUUAAGACCAAUGCGAGUUAUUAUAAAUAUUAUUCGUAGAAUUGGACAUUCCAUUGCUACUUAUAUUUCAUAAACAAAUGGGACUUUGAAAUUCCACGCAUUGAAUAGACACUAAUCCGCCCAUUACACUUACGGAAACUCGUGCUAUACUUUAAUAUAGAAUAUUAUUAAUUCAAGUUAUGGCCGUUAUGUGCGUAUGUUUCUCAGAUCUGAGUAAAAAUUUACCCCUCCCACACCCAACAAUUAUUAAAAUAUAAUAGUUAUUUACUGAUUUUAUAGUACCUAUCAUGUCUUUCUUUAACUCAACACAAUGUAAUUGAUGUAAUUUAUUAAUUAAAUUAAUAUGAAAUACUUGAUUAAGUUGUAUUGAGUUUUUAAAUGUAUUUAAAUUUUAAAUCAAUAAUUGGUUUUGAUUCGUUACGAAAAUUGAAUAAGUUUAUUUUGUGUUAGAUGUGGAAUUUUAUAAAUUCCGAAUUGUUCUAUUUUAAUGUCCUGCAUAUCUUUAAAAACUUAACAGAACGUAUUAUAUAAACGCAUUUUUUUGAAUGUUAUUUUUAUGUUUUAGAUGUAAAAUACGAAAAGAAUAAUUUUAAAUGUCUAUCAACAAAUAAAAUAUUAUAUUAUAUCACAAUAUAUAAUAUGGAUAUUUUGAAUAAAUAAUAAGAAUAACUAUUCAUAAACUUUGUACCUAUGUGUUUUUAUUUUUAAAUCAUAGUCUAUAUAAUAUUACCUACUCAUUAUAAUCUAUUUAGUGUAACAAUAUUAAACUACUUUUCACUUAACGAUACAUAUUUAGAAUGUAAACAGAAACGUUAUAAAUAUUUUUGUGAAUUUUGUUUUUAUUUUAUUUAGAUGAUAGUUUCAAGAAUUUCCUUGAUCUCUUAAAGCAAAUAUUUGACUGAUUUUCAAAUAAUAAUAAUAUUGCAUAUUUGCAUUUCGGGUAAAACACUUAAAUGUCUUCAUAAAUUCAAUUACAAUAUUAGUUAUCUACCCUAAAUAAUAUAUUGACUGUGAAUAAUAAAAUAAAAUCCAAUAAAAUUUAAUUUAUUUUAUUUUAUCGUUGAGAAUGGGUUAUUGAACUUUCGGUAUUAUUUAAUAUCGUUUAUUAAAUGUAUUGUUAAAAUCACUCUAUACUAAAUAAUCAAACAUUUCAGUGGCAUAAUUGGGAAAAAUAAUUGUUUUAUGUUAGAUGUUUUAAAGUUACAUUUCCGAAAAACAAUGGUUAUUAUACAUUAUACACUAUAUUAAUAACAAUUUAGUAUGCUAAUGAAAACGUCUACGCUCUACAAUUCAAUAUGUUAUUAAUUAAAAAAAAUAAAUAAAAUAAACAAACUAAUUAAAUUAAUUAUUUUAUGUCGUAGACAUAUUUUAAUUAGUGUUGACUGUUUAUAUCAAUCUCGUGUAUUAAUUUAAAGUAUUUUUUUUUAUAUUUUUAGUCGAUAGAUUGUUUGGAAGAAAAUAUUAGAUAUAAUUUAUAUAUUCAUGAACAAUAUACCUCAUUAUGUUCUGCUGAAAAAAUAUGAGAUGUGAGAAGCUUGAAAACUUUGAGUAUACAGUAAAAUAUCAUAUCAGGACUUAAGAGGUCAUACAUAUGUGUACCUCCAUGCAUCCCUACAAAAUUAUGCCACUGAUUGACAUAGAAAGUGUUAUACCUCUAUUUGUUACCUAAUAAUUUAUUAAUGUAUUUAUUUUAUUUUAAGUUGAUUUUGUGGUUGAAUUUGAUUUCUAUUUAAUGUUAAGAAUGUUAAGAUGUAAUUUUGAUUUAUGUUUAAAAAAAUAAAAAAAAAUUGAAUUAGAUUUAAGUACUUAUAACGAAGUUAAUACAAUUUGUGAGGCACUCUUAGAGUAUACCCUUAUCUCAGAGUAGGUACUUUUUUAAUAAAGUGUUGUGAAUAUAAUAUAUGUUGCUGAAGAAAAUGAUUUAACCGCCAAAAUUAUUUAAUGUCGCUCAACAGUAAUGAUUGUCAGAAAUAAUUAUAUUGGCUACUAUAUGAGUAAAUUUAAUAUUUUAUUAUAUCACAUGCCACAAAUAAUAUAAUGUUAACUCUCGUCGCUGUUGUGUACAACGAAGAAGCCAAUUACUCAAAAAUAUAAAUAAUAAUAAUUAUAUUUAUGCUGUUGCAUUUAGUUGAAUUAUAUUAUAUUAUAAUACUACUAAUAUUUAAAUUAUAACGGAUGUUAAAUAUAUAUUUAUAAAAUGUGAAAUUUAAGACGCCACUUUGGUGCGAUUUUUUGUAAAUUAAUAUUAAUUCCCGCUUUCAGUUUAAUCUAAAAGUAAGUUAUCUGUGUAAGUGUAUACUGAUGAUGAUUUAUGUUGUAAUUUGUACAUUAGCCAUAUGACGUAUAGAGUUUUAAUAAAACACGUUUUAAAAUAAUGG